CAAUCAAGGAUAUCAAGAUCGUGGAAUCGUGAUAGCACGCAAAAAGCUCGUGUUUGGAUAUGUAAGCAGGCGUCUUCCUCUGCAUCCACGACCUUUUCAACUCGCUCUGCUCACAAGACACGACAUACCAUUGUUACUUCCGCCUCCUCCUCGGAACUUUCGGUGUUACACGACGCUAGAGAAGGAAUCGUACAAGAUGUCGGAAUCGGAGGCUCAGAGAAGCGGCAUGGGCGAGCAGGAGCCCUUGCUCGGAAGGGCUGGUGAUGCAUCGCAGCAGGAUGGUCUGCCGCUAUACCACAACCUUGUCAUUGGCACCGGAGUUAUUGCACAAGCUGGAUCCUGGAUCCUCGUCGCCAUCGUUUGGGGCGCAGUCUUUUCCAACCCUGUUAUACUCUUCUCGGCGCAUCCUUUGCUCAACUCCGCCGCAAUCCUACUCUUCACCCAAGGCGUCCUCAUCCUCCAACCCACACACAUUGCUAAGCAGAAGAAGCACGGUACCUGGGCCCACGCCGGACUCAACGAUCUUGCCCUUUCAGCUGGUAUCGCUGGUCUUGUCGUCAUUGAGUACAACAAGAUUGCCCACAAUGGCACACACUUUGUAUCGCCUCACGCCAUUCUGGGUCUGAUCACCUACAUUCUCAUCCUCAUCCAAGGUCUCAUUGGCUUCACACAAUACUUUGUGCCUCAGAUCUAUGGCGGCGAGGAGAAUGCUAAGAAGCUGUACAAGUAUCACCGUGUGAGCGGAUACUUCAUCUUUUUGAUGUUGCUCGCAACUGUCGCCGCUGCCACACAGACAGACUACAACAAGAAUGUGCUGAAGAUCAAGCUCUGGGCUGUGAUUGUCGCGGCCGUCAUCACCUUGAUUGGUGUUUUGCCCAGAGUCAAGAAGCAGAAGUUUGGCUGGUUGGCUGGACAAUAGAGAACAAACGGUAUGCAAGGACGAGCAUGAACAUGUGUGUGGUGAACGGAAGGGUCUUUCGGAAAGCCAAAGAUAGUUUCGGAAUACGAUAUCAGGGGAACAGGUGGAGAAGCACGCACAGAGAAGGGAUAUAAGUGGAGCUUGGGAUGGCCAGGAGAAGGAGAGAAGAAAGAGAAGCAGGCUCUUGUGGAGCUGUGGACGCGUGAGCGUAAAGCACGAUUGCGCAAGGCUGCUUCGGACUUUGAUGCAUAUGCAUAUAUGCGCUGCACACAAAUUGAUGAUGAAAUGUCCGUAUGACCUAUGGUAUGACAGUCUGUUGAGUAGAUUCCAACGAGAAUUGCAAGUCACACAGACGACCGUUGUGAUCAAAAAUAGGACUAAAGCAAUGGGUGC